UGCACGGGCCAUAUGCUUAUCGAUAAGGUUAGCCUCAGAGCUUCAUUGAAGCUCCCCCGGCGGUAGCUCAGCGAUACCAGCCUCCCCUUCUACGUCGCAACCAUGUCUACAAGCCCAAAUCCCUCAAAAUCUCCGCCAGUACCCCAGAAAGCCCACUCGCCGCGGUCGCCAGCAGUGCCACAUUUCGAAGAUCCACCCGACCCGCAAGACGAGCCUCCCGAGUCACAUCAGGCGGAACAUGCAGCUUUCGAGGGCGACGAUGAGAUCCCCUACCCAGAGCCUACCUCCGAGCAGGCCCUCUUACCGCCACCGAACUUCAAGCCCUUUUUCACCAUUGUAGAAGACCCGACGACGGGUGAACACUACCAUCCCUACGUGCAUUAUGUCUUUGCCGACGACGACCCGGUCAUCGUAACCGCAGCGGCAAUGCGGAGCUUAGGGUUAGACGAUACAAAAUACCUACCGCAACCCGAGGGAGAUGUCAGGGAACAUAUUGACGAGGAUGAAGAGGAGCAGGAGCAGGAGCCGGCCGUGGAGUCUCCGCUCCCUCCGCCGAUACCAGGCUACCGGGAACGCUUCCUCAUUGUCGAUAUUGGCGCCGAUGGCCACACCAUUGCGGGUGCACAGUCGAUGUCUCCAGAUUGGCAGGUUACGAAUGCGACUGUGCGCACUGCUCCAUCCUUCGAAGAAGGAGCACCAGAUUCGGGAUACAUGCUCAAGAUCGAAGGUAUCGAGGUGCCAGGCAAGAGCAAGGGCAAAGCAAAAGGUCAACCUGGAGAGAAUAAGCUCAAAGAGGCGAGGGACAGGAGCCAAGGAGAUGUCUUCGGGGCGCUAGACGGGCUAUUGAAAGGCGUCGAAGGGAGCUUGGAGGUUGCAGGGAAGAUUGCGGGACGACAGGACGAUGUAAGGGAAUCCGAGCGAACGGUUCUACAAGACGAGCAAGCUCAAGAGGGGCGGAGAUCGAGCUUUACGGGUUAGUCAUCACAUUCCAUACCUAGGUAAUAGCACGCUAUGCAUGAGUGCGGCGUAGGGCGUUCACAUAGGGCUG